GGCGUGAGCCGUGCUGGUGACGUCAGGCGCCGGGCCCCGCGGGGGCGGAAGCGGUGCCAUGGCGGCGUACCCAGGGCAGGGCUUCCCCGGCGCAGGACAGGCCCCCGGCGCGCCCCCGCCCGGUGCCUAUCCCGGAGCCUAUCCCGGAGCUCCCUACGGAGGAGGCCCCUAUGGACAACCUGGGCCUUACGGUGGUCCUCAGCCCGGGCCCUACGGAGGAGGGGCUCCUGGAGGCAGUGCCCCCCCAGGUGUGGACCCAGAGGCCUUCUCCUGGUUCCAGGCAGUGGAUGCAGAUCACAGUGGCUACAUCUCUGUUAAGGAGCUGAAGCAGGCUCUGGUCAACUCCAACUGGUCCACUUUCAAUGAUGAGACCUGCAUGCUGAUGAUAAACAUGUUUGACAAGACCAGGUCUGGGCGCAUAGACGUGUACGGCUUCGCAGCCUUGCUGCGCUUCAUCCAGCAGUGGAGGAGCCUCUUCCAGCAGUAUGACAGGGACCAGUCAGGCUCCAUCAGCUUCAACGAGCUCCAGCAAGCUUUCAGCCAGAUGGGCUACAACCUGAGCCCGCAGUUCAGCCAGCUGCUGCUGGCUCGCUACGGCCAGAGGUCCUCCAACCCCAGCAUCCAGCUGGACCGCUUCAUCCACAUCUGCAUGCAGCUGCAGAGCACCACCGACGCCUUCCGCGAGAAGGACACAGGCCUGGUGGGCAACGUCCGGCUCAGCUACGAGGACUUCCUCACCAUGGUGGUGACUCGCAUGAUGUGAGGGCUGCCAGCUCGCUGGGCUGGGCUCCUGGAACAGCUACCAGCCUCGGGAUUUGUCCCCAUCCCCCCCUCCUCCCCUGAUUUGUCCCCAUCCCCCCCUCCUCCCCUGAUUUGUCCCCAUUCCCCCCUCCUCCCCUGAUUUGU